AUGCGCCCCCUUACCUAUCUCUUGCUCCUGAUCAUGGCUAUUGCCGCGGUUGACGCGCUCCUUAAAAUAUCGCGUUGCCAUGGAGACCACCCGUGCCCUGAGGGCUAUAUCUGUGAAGAUAAUCAUUGCGUCAAAGAGAAUCGAUGCAAGACAAAGUCAGAUUGCCCGGCACACUAUAGCUGUCACAUCGGCAAAUGCACGGAGACGAGGCUGCUCGGCUGUGGCGAAGGCUGCGGAGACGGUCGAUUUUGCUGCAGCUUCACAGGCAUCCCAGAGAACGGAUUUUGCGCAAAAAUCGGGGAAGUUUUAUGU